UCUUGCACUUAUUAUUUCUUUCAGAAUACUGUUGGUACUGGGUAUUCCCCAGAGUCAAUUGACAUUGAUGAAGAACAGCUUGAUUUGUUUAUUGAUAACAUUAUCCACACAGCUGCAUCAAGCUUACAUGGUCUUGUCCUAAGGGUGACGAGCCCUGAGGGGACAGACAGAUAUUUUUCAAGUGAAACCACACAAUCUGGUGAUGCUUCUGAGAAUAGAUCUACUCCUGAAAAUGACAGCUCUACUUUGGAGAGCCAGCAACCAGAUAGCCCUAGAAAGCAUUUCCUAGAGAAAGCUGGGCAAACUUCUCAGAUUACAGACUCCAAUGACAUUAAAAUACUCCAAGGCAAUCACUUGGCAUCAAGUUCAAAGGAUGUUGCAAUUAAAGCGUUAAGCCCUGGUUCAACAGAGAAAGUUAUUUUGGAUUGCACUAAAUCUGAGCAAGGCUGUACUACUGAGGAAGACACUAGUAAAUGUACUGCAGAUGACAGCUUUACUUUGGACAGCCAGGAGAAAGAUAGCCCAACUGGGCAUACCUUGGAGUCAUCUGUGAAGCUUGCCCAAGUGCCCAUCGAGGACUUGAGCUCUGAUUCCUUCCUUGAUUCCUCCCUUGAUUCGUCCAAGGAUGAACAAGAGUGUCCAUCAUUACCUAAGGCUGGUAAUAAGAAAAAGAGAUUUGGCCGGUUCAAACAACACCGAAAGUCUUCAGCAGUUGCACCAGUGACAGAUGACAAACUGAAAGAAACGCAACCCCAUAAAGUGGCCUUUGAAGAUCAACCCCAUCUUACCAGUGACAUGAAUGUCAGCACUUUCAUCACAAAAAGUGAGCACUGUGAUGAGGUGGGAGAUAACAUUUUUCUGUUGAACACCAAGGAAGUACCUUUGGUAUCAAAAUUUUCCUCAGGGUCAAAAUCAAAGGCCCUUGCCAACAAUCUGUGCAUAAACGUAGAAAAGUACAUUAAAGACAAUCUUGCCACAGACAAGUUUACCAUAAUUAUCCAUGGAGGGGAUGAUGGAUCAAAGCUUGGCUCAAUUCAUUUGGCGAAGAAAUUCUACCACCUCCUGAAGGCAAGGUUCAGCAAAGAUCUGAAAAGUUGCAUCAUCUUAAGGGCCAAACUAACCCUGAAAUGUGUUUUCAAGCUUUCAAAGCUGUUUAUGCAGAAUGACAUGAAACGGAAGAUUUCUUUGGUAAAUGACAUUUGUGAACUUGUCUGGUUCCACAGCAUUCCAGACACUGUUUUGCGAUAUUGGUAUUAG